AUGGCAGACCAGAAGCCCGGUAAACUUGGGCGGGUGCUCAGCUACGCCAGCAACAAGUCGAAAAAGUCUGCCACUCAGGGGCAGAGUCAGAGCCAGAACCAGUAUGGGCAUGCGAGGAAGAAGACCGACUCUUCAGAUACGACAUCGGACAGGCCGUCCAGUCGCAAGAUGCGCACUCACGCAGACCCAACGCUGGCCAUGAGCGAGGCGCAGCCCUCCGCAAUUGCCCUGCAGGAGUCGAGUCUCGGCCAGCUGCGAGGUAUACAGCACAAGGAUCGCUUCGGAAACCUCAUCAACGAAAGUACAAACGGAUACAGCAGGCCAACUAGUUUCUUCGGUGGAGAUCGAUCCAACGGCCAGUACUACCAGCGAGGUGGCCAUGAUAGCUACUAUGGAUCCCGCGGCUACCAGUCACGGCCAGAGAGCUACGUCGAUGCAUACGGCAAUUCGGACGUGGGCCAGAACAACUACAACAGCCAGCGGCCGUCUCGUCGUCCUGCUCCGCGGACGAAUUCUGACCUUAACUACAUUCCCAACCCAUCAAACUCCUACUACCCGCAAGCCCCUUAUCAAAACAACAACGACAUGAACCCAAAUUCCAACUCUCCCUCAGGGUCGGGCAACCGCUCUGUUGACCACUGGAUGAACUCGACUGACCCGAGUUCAGUCAAUAGCUCCAUGGACAGACUGCAGCAGCAACUCCAUCAGCAGCAGCAGCAGCAGCAGCAGCAACCACAGGGACAGCCAAAGUAUGAAGACCUGCCUCCUCCUGCUGAUAACUACGGCUUUUCUGGCUUCGGGACAGACCUGCAGCUGGAACAAUCGCAGGCUUCCUUCAUAGGCCAUCGUCAACCCGCGCAGGACCAGCGGCCUCAGGAGAGUCUAUACAGACCUCAGCAACCAGCCGCUAGCGUUCAACGAAAGAACUUGCCCAACGCUACUUCUCCUCCUCCAGUUACCGCUCCAGCCACCUCUGCUUCUCCUGUAAUGCCCCAGGAAGAAAAGCGCAAGAGCUGGAUUAAGCGACGGCUCAGCAGGUUCUGA